AUGGAUGAUCCAAAGCAGGUAGAAAAUGAAUUUAAAGACAAAUUUAAAAAACUUCGAAAAACACAUAAAAAAAAUAAAUUGGAAAUUUUGAAAGAACUUGCAAAAAAGCCACAAUUUAAAAACCUUGCAAAAAAACAGAUUUUAGAAUACAAUAAAAGAAGAAAACAACAAAAUAGAUACAAUAUGAUAUAG